AUGGGGAACACGAAGAGCAGCGCUUUGUCGAAGGAGCUCCUGGAAGAACUGAAAUCCAACACCAAGUACUCCGAGGCCGAGCUCUGCACCUGGUACCAGUCCUUCCUGAAGGAGUGUCCGGGCGGGAAGAUCAGCAAGCAGCAGUUUGAAGGCAUCUAUGCCAGCUUCUUCCCCGACGCCGACCCCACGGCGUACGCGCGACAUGUGUUCAGGAGUUUUGACACCAACGCAGACGGCACUUUGGACUUUAAGGAGUACAUCGUCGCUCUGCAUCUCACCUCCGGAGGAAAGACUCUGCAGAAGUUGGAGUGGGCUUUUGCCCUCUAUGACGUGGACGGGAACGGAACCAUCAGCAAGAGUGAAAUCGAAGAGAUCGUUAGGUCAAUAUUCAACAUGAUUCCUGUGGAUGACCAGAAGAACCUCCCCGAGGAUGAAAACACACCAGAGAAAAGGUCUGAAAAGAUCUGGGAAUUUUUCGGGAAGAAGGAAAACGAUAAAAUCUCAGAGGGGGAAUUCAUUCAGGGUGUAAUGGACAACAAGGACAUCCUGCGCCUAAUACAAUACGAUGAACCUCAGAAAAUCAAAGACAAGCUGAAAGAGAAGAAGCAAUAG